CGCCUACUUGGCCUCCAAAGGACGCCUACCCGUUCCGAAAACACCCUCCGGCGCUACAUCCAUGGCUCUCGUGCCUUCGCCGGUGCGCGACAAGUAUCCUCCCCUACCUGACGACGAUUUCCCCUGGAAAGAGCCACCAAAGGUUGCUAUCACACCCUGCAAUCCCUGGCCGCCGCCAUACUAUCUCGAAGAUGGUUUGCGCAAGGUGACACCGUAUCACUACACCUACAACACAUUUUGCAAGCAGCGCUGGAGGGGGCGCGAGAUUCUCGACAUAUUUACCAGCGAAUUCCGUGAUCGAGACCAAGGGUACUACGAGAAGGCUAUCAUAGAAGGUCGCGUCAUCCUGAAUGGUCAGCCCGUCCCGAGCACCAGUACCAUCGUGAAGAAUGGCGACGUAAUCUCACAUACCCUCCACCGGCACGAGCCACCAUGCACGGCGAGUCCUAUUGGCAUCGUUCACGAGGACAACGAUAUCAUUGUCAUUGACAAGCCUGCGGGCAUGCCAGUUCACCCAGCUGGCAGGUAUCACUACAACUCGAUCAUCGAGGUCAUGAGAGCAGACCGUGGGUACGGGUGGAAUCCGCUGCCUUGCAACAGGCUGGACCGGUUGACGAGCGGUAUCAUGUUUAUUGGGAAACACAAGCAGGCAGCUGAGGACAUGAGCGCGCAGAUUCGGGGGCGGACUGUAAAGAAGGAGUACAUCACCCGUGUGGUGGGCGAGUUUCCAGAGGGCGAGAUCGUAUGCGAGAAGCCUAUCCUCCAGAUCAGCCCCAAGCUCGGCCUCAACGCUGUACGCGCGAACGGCAGAGAAUCUAGAACGGUAUUCAAACGAUUGGCGUACUAUCCACCGAAGGACGACGGCAAGCCAAAAGAGGAGAAGACGGGGGACGUGGAUGACGAGGGUCAGCCAUGGAAGAAGCUACGUGGUUACUCCAUCGUACGAUGCUUCCCCGUCACUGGACGCACCCAUCAGCUGCGUGUCCACCUCCAAUACCUCGGUCACCCUAUUUCGAACGAUCCAAUCUACGCAAAUCAGCGCGUUUUCGGUCCUUCACUCGGACGGGGCGUUUCUGAAGAUGAGAACGACGAAGACAUCAUGGCUCGCCUAGCACGUAUGGGAAAGGAGGAAGUUGCUGAUGCUGUUGCGUACCACGAUGAGAUGGUCGAUGCAUACAACAAGAGAAAGGCAGAGAAGCAGACUGGCGAGACCUGCGACGUGUGUGACACACCGCUGUACAGUGAUCCGGGGACACACGAGCUAGGUAUCUACCUGCAUGCUAGGAGAUAUAGAUGUGAGGAAGGCAGAUGGGACUAUCAGACAGGCCUGCCUGAGUGGGCCCUGCCGCCACCUGGCUAUGAAGGUCCUACCGAAAGCACGCAAGAGAGUGAUCCUCUAACAGUUGAUCUGGAAAAGCUUGGGAUUGCAGAUGAACAGGUAGAGAAGAAGACAAGUGGUGCAACAUCUACCAGCGCAGCGGCUUGAGAGCCUUUUCAAAGCUCAUGAGCCAACUCGCAUUCUUGCAUAGAAAAACUCUAGAUACCCAACGAUAGAAUAUUCAGUUCGAUCUGUCGACUACAACCCGCCGAACGCGACACAAGUUCAACAC